AUGUAUGACAGCGUCGAGAAUCCUUUGCGAAAGGUGACCGGAGCCGCCCUUCAUAACCCACUUUUGCUCUCUUCAAUCAUUGCUCUUUCGGCACGUCAUUUAGCAAAUGCAAGGCUGCCUGUUCUUCAACCUGGGGAGGCAUCACCUUCCAGGACUUGGUGUAGCACCGACCAUACGGCUCUCUUGUUCAAGCACAAGACCUUGAAGGGCCUUUCGGAUGCUGUGCAGGAUCCAAAGUUGCGCAUGAUGGAUACUACAGUUGCCAGCGCCCUACUGCUACUGUUUCUAAAUCUUCUGGAAUCCGGACGUGAUGACUGGAAUACGCACUUGGAGGGCAUGAAAAGCAUCAUGUCCCAGCUCGAGGUCCCCCUAGAGCGAAAAGGGACAUCAUCUCAAGGCCUCGGCCUUUGCGUAACGGGUCUACGGGAUUUCGUCGUCAGGCAAAUUUAUCAUCGAAGUCCUCGGCGCAACGUACACGGACCCGAAGAUGCUGCUGAGCCCGUCUACGAGUCCUCCCACAGCGACCAAAUUGCUCCAAGAAAAGCUAGAGCAUUCGUAUCUGGGAUGUCCUGGGUAUAUAUUACACGCUCUCGGGGUGUUUUCUUCAUGUCGGGACUUUCUCGUUUCGCCAGGACGGAAGAGUGA